AUGACCAGGACAAAAGCAUCCUCCCCAAGCGUGUCCGGGCCAUCGGCUUCCGCUUCGGUGACGCGCCGACAACCCGCAGGUGCUGCCUCUAGGCCUGGCAAGGCGAGAUCCCUCGCUUGUCGACAGUGUCGCGAUCGUAAAAUCCGCUGCGACGGCGCCCGUCCCGUCUGCGACUCUUGCUCCAGACGUGGCCUCUGCGCUGAACAGUGUGUUUAUCCCGAAAUUGAGCACGAAGGCUCUAUCGCUUCGUCGCGGAGCUAUAUUCGCGCCCUCCAGAAACGGGUGCAAGAACUAGAAGAGAAGGAGAGGCAACUUGAAUUCGUCGCUCAUGGCCGCGAUGCUUUUGCCGCUACUACACCUGCACAUGAUGAAUGGAGGAAGCACUCUAGCUCUCCAAGUGUUGUAUCUGAGCGUCUGGCACGACCUCCUCCGCGACAUGUUGACCAUGCUCUUCCGCCAAUCCAUGCCGAUUCUGGCCACCCUCUUCCCAGCUUCUCUGCCAGAGCUGGUUCUUUGCCAGUGGUUCAUGAGCCGGCAAGCUAUUACUCCCGUCCUCACCAUCUUAUGGGUGCCAGUCCGCCCUUGACAGAUGACCUGGAGGAUGCUGCUUCAGCUAGACCCUCGUCCUUUGGCUCGUACUCAUCCAACGUGAAAGCAGCUCUGAUGCUUCAGAAGAUCACGCUUCCGCAAGCAGACCUUAUGGACGAGCUACUAGCCGAGUAUUUCAACAUCGAAUGGAUCACCAUGCCCAUUAUUCACCGUCCGUCGUUCUACCAGCGCUACCACCGUCUCAUCGCUGUUGCAAACUCUCGUUACCGUCGCGAUAUUCCCCUCGAAGAAGCAACUGAACUCGCCGCCACCUAUUCUCUCCUCCUUGGAAUGCUCGCCAUCGGUCAACUAGCCAAAGCACCAAUUGCAGAGUCCGCCGAGUCCCACGCAUCUCACGCCUACGAGUUCCACCAACAAGCAAAGACUCUGCUACUCGUCGACCUCCUACCUCUUUCAUCCCCUGCGGUCGUGCAGGCUUUGAUUGUUCACGCUCGGUUCUUGCGACGGGCGGGUGCGGAUCAGGAGAGUUGGAUGUUUACAGGAAUGGCUCAGCGACUCGCAGAGGGUCUUAUGCUUCACGUUGAUCUACCAGGCAAGGCGCAGGCUGAACGUGAGGAGAGGAGGAGGACAUGGUGUGCUUGUGCUCUGCUUGUCAAGAUGCAGAACUCCUCUGGAAGUCAACUAAACCCAACCUUUGGAACGUUGCCUCAGGAAAUUGAUGAUGAAUAUCUCGAGACUUGCCCGAACAAUGCGGACCGCGCUCAACCUUGCGAUGCUCCUUCACAAAUAUCUUUCUUCAACCAAACAUUGAAACUAUUCGACAAUGUUCUUCAACCUAUUCAAGAUUCUUAUUUCAAACAACCAACCUUCAAUAACAAAGAAUCCAUUUCCGAUAUUCUAUCCACUGCCCUCAGACUCGACUGCGAACUGGAGGAGUGGCAUGCUGCUCUACCUGAGCAUCUGCAUGUCAAGUUUCCCUGCACUCAACCCGAAGCCGUCUUCCGCCGCCAGGCCACUUUGCUGCGCAUGAGAUACCUUGAAACAAAGGCAUUGAUUCCCCGCGCAGCUAUUAUGAAGCUGAUCAGCAGUCACGCAACUCAACCAGUGUCUCUGGUGGCACGAUCAAUGCUUGUUGGACUCUUCGAGUCCUGUUACGCUGCAAGUGUGGAGCUGGAAGAUAUCAUGGCACGCGAAAGGAGACUCAUGACUUUCGACGGACCCCCGGAGAGUCACUCUGCCAUUGCCCUCAGCAUAAUCGGCAUGACUCUCACCGUCUUGAUCCAACAUCCUCUGUUUAGGGACAUCAUCACGAACCCCAUCCCCAUCACCGACGAAGCCAGACGUUGUCUCGCAACCGCCAAACAAUACACAAACUCACCCCACCCACUCGCCGAGCGAUUUGUUCACGCUCUCGAGUCCGCCUUGCAGCCUACCUCGCGAUGCGCCUCUCCCCGCGGUGUAAUGGACCCCGCGCUGGAACCCAAGACUGUUGGGCCUGUGCUGUCCAACUUGACCGAGGCCCCUGGGGCUGUGGAGAUGGCCUUGCUCGAGGCCUGGUAUCUUAGAAGACAAGAGCUUGCCUAUGGAUGUGGCUUGCCUGUUACGGAGAUUGUUUCUCUGUGGUGA